AUGUUCAAAAUUCUAACUUUGUUCGCUUUGCUUUCAAUCUUGGGUUUCGCUCAAGGAACAAGUCUUCAAUCAAUUCCAGUUCUGGUAAGUUACUAUAACUACAGUAAUCUAGUUGUUUUGAAAUCAAAUAGUUACCGUAACUUUCAAGAACUCUUGGAAACUCGUUUUCUCUUUUCCAGAUUCCAAACUCAUUCAGUGUUUUUGUCAACAAAGAUUCUGAAGGAAUAACAAGACAUCUUACAUCAGCCAAAAAUCCAGAUGAAUGGCAAUUUUUCUAUUUCUGUGGAAAUAAAAAAUACAAAGGAAAAUGUGGAUUCUGGGUUGAUAAGGUGAGCACAUUCUCUUCUUUUUUUUGAGAAAAAAAUGAAUGAAUUUCAGAAAAACAACAAAAUCGCCGGAGCAAAUAAUAAUGUGAAAAAAAGCGGACAAGAAGUCACGAUUUCAAAAAGUGUUCUCGGAGAUGCUGGAAGUUAUGCAAAGUUCCCGGAAAACAAGGAUGCGAAUCAAGCGUAUAUUGAGAGAUUGGAUGUUUAUGUUCAAGAAGGACCAAAACCACCAAAAUUGUAA